AUGUUACGACUCAAUCCCGGCGCCCUAGCCGUCACCAUCUUCCUUACAACAGCGGCGAUCGCAUACGCGCGCACCGGCACAAUCCAACAAUCUCUCGAAUCCCUCCCCACAAACACAUCGCUCGUCAUCGCGCUCCUCUCCUUCCUCGGCGGUGCCCUAGAAUCCAUCCGCACAAAGUCCCCCGCCGCAUUCUUGCUAGGCCACAUCUUCAGCGCCGUCUACGCCGUCGCCUUUGCGCGUCUGCGAGAGGGUGCAGCCUCGGGUGCCGAGAUUGGACUGAUCGGGUCCGUCGUGUUGACUGUCAUUCCGAUGCUAGCGGACCCAAGCUGGAACCUGGUUUCCAAGGAAUUGGGUUACAUUGGCGGGUGGGGAGUCGCGGUUUUCGCGUACGCGUACGGGGGUAUUGGGCUGACUACCACGCUACUUUUUUCGCUGGUCCUGCUGGCUUUUAGGGAUGAUAUCACGCGGAUCCGGAAUCGGGUGGAUGAACAGAUUUGA